AUGGGUUCUGCCAUAAGAAGAUGGUUCUACCUACCUCUCAGCUCUCUGAUUCUGGUCAGUCUGAUUCAAGCUGAUUUUGAAUUUCAGAAGGGAGUGCUCUCCAGCAUCAGCCCUGGGAUCACAGAAGACAUUGAUCUCCAGUGCUGGAACACUUGCUCUUUGACGCUGAUAGAUCUCAAAGAACUCAAGAUAGAGCACAGUGUGGAUGCUCUCUGGAAUUUCAUGCUAUUCCUGCAAAAAUCCCAGCGACCUAGACAUUAUAGUGUCUUCUUAAGUAUAGCUCAGGAUUUUUGGGACAUGUAUGUAGACUGCUUGCUUUCAAGAUCUCAUGGAAUGGGCCGCAGACAAGUGAUGCCUCAUGUGGCUGAUUUUCCACAGAAGAUAACUAGAGGUAAUCUAAAUGUGUAA